AUGCGUGUGUUAGUAGCAAGCGAUGAUAGUGGUUCUUUGAAAGAAAUAGUGUUCAACAAGGGCACGAAUACGUCAGUUCAAACUGCAUUGCAGCCGUUCCAUCUUGACAUGCACUUGUCACAAGGUUUGGGCAACAGGGUGGAUAAGAUGUGGCAGGUUGGCAAGCUGGGAUAUGUUGUUGCUAGACACAGUGGUAGUUUGGAACUUAUUUCUGGCAAAAGGGUUGCGAAGGCUGUUGAUGAAAGCAUGAGUCCUAAGUACGAUGUGUCUGAAUUUGAGGUUAAGGACAUAAUAAGCGGGCUAUUCAAGCAGGAGGUGCUAGAUAAACUUAGUAGCAAGUCUAAGAAGCGCACGAAGAUUGAGGAUCAAUUUGUGGAUCUCUAUGCGUUGCCAAACAAGAAGAAUACGCUAUUGGCUGCAACGAAGUCUGGUCAGAUUAUUGUGUUCAAAGUGGACGUGAAGGCAUGGAAGCUAUCUGUGCUGGCCAAACACGAAGUAAAAGCACCUGUUGAGUUUUUGGUGCUCAAUGACUUGUUGGAGGACAAGGAGAAGUACACCCUGGCGUAUGGUGGUGAGGAAAACUUGGUGAAGUUGAUUGAGAUGUCGUCGGACUUGAAGACAGUUUCUCAAGUGUGGGCAGCCAAAAAUGUUCCUUUCGAUAAGAUUGGUUUGAGAGUUCCUGCAUGGGACAUGGCACUCAGAUUUAUUGCAUCGGAAAAGGAAGGGGUGUUCCAGAUGUUAACGGUCACGAAAUAUGCACAAUACAGAAAGUACUCCACGGAUGCAGAAGAUUGCAGGCCUAUACAAUCCGUAGACCUGCUACCUAAGGGUGAGCAAUUGGCGUACUGUAAGAUUCUUGGCAAGACGUCUGCUUUGGGAAACUCUGUGUGUUCGAACUUUGAUGACAUAGAGUUCUUGACUGCUGACUCUAGAAGAGACGUUUACCAGUUUAAUGGGAAGGGCCGUCUGCUAAGAAAAAUUGGUAAGGGUGAUAUCACCGGUUUUGCAAGUUGCGUGACUGUUACUGACAAAUAUAUAUUGCAAGGAGGUUUAGACAGGUAUUUCCGUGUAUUUGGUUUAUCUGAUUACAAGCUUCUGGCGAAGAUCUUCACUGGUGGUAAGAUAUCAGAUAUCCUUCUCUUAGAAGAGGAAGACUUGGAACUACCAUUGAGCGAAAAGGAACUGAAACAAAAGAAGAAGAAGUUGGCCAAAAGAAAGUUCACAGAAGACGAGGAAGAGGCGGAAAACGAAGAGCUUUGGAAAAAAUUGACCGCUAAGAAGAAAAAGUCUGAGAAAUAA